AUGAAUCCAAACAACAAUGGACUCCUGGAAGCAUUCCAAGAAGCGAAAAACCUCAACCUCUGUCCAAACCGCGUAUGGGCUGUUGCAGGGGAGAACUUACCUAAUCUACUGCCAGUUUUCAGCUCGACCCAAAGCGCAAGAGAUAAGAUUGACGAGCGUGAAAACUAUAACGAUCAUAACGAUUGCACCCCCGAUUUCUGCGAACACUCUCAACGUGAUUUCACAGCGGUUCAACAGCGCCACGAGUGUAAAGAGAACCAAUGUAUGCAAGUGCGAGAUCAAUUCCGGAGGGACAUAUUGAAUAGAGCUGCACGUAAUGGAAAGCCGACAGUGUGGGAUCUAGACGGAGAGUCUAUGCUCGAGCCUCCUCGGCCAUAUAUGGCUAUUUCUCACGUCUGGUCGGACGGAACUGGGACCGGAGCUUGGAAAGACGGAGAAGUCAACGAGUGCUUAUAUGCAUUUUUCCACGACAUUGCGAAACAGUUCCAAUGCGACGGAAUCUGGUGGGACACACUUUGCAUUCCUCGCGAAAAAGCUGCCCGUAAUAAAGCCAUCCAAAAGAUCCAGAGCAGUUACGAGGAUGCCCGUAUCACUUUGGUGCACGAUUGCUUCCUUCGGAACUGGACUUGGGAUCCUAAAACUGCAUGUUUCGCCAUUUUGAUGUCGCCCUGGUUUAGUCGAGGGUGGACCGCCUUAGAAUUGACCAAGUCGCGCAAAGUAAAGGUGGUGUUCAAAGGACCCUCUGGCAUUGUUAUUAAAGAUCUUGACGAAGAGAUUCUCGCAAAAGAAAACGAGCGCGACAGCCGCCGUCAAGAAGCUUCCCGGAUUAUCCGGAAUCUCCGGGGGGGGAUUACGACACUCAAUGGCCUUUUGACUGUGUUGGCCUCGCGCUAUACGUCUUGGCCUAAAGACAUGGCCACUAUUUCCGCACUAAUAGUGGGCGUCGCUCGAGAGGACCUGCAGCAGGACACCUAUAAGAAUAUUUUGAAGAAAUUCGGCCGGCUCGCCCCCGGACACCUCUUCCAUAAUGCUGGGGCCAUGUCCAAAGGUUUCAGCUGGUGUCCGACUAGUCUUUUUGACCUGCCCUUGGACACUUCCGACGCUUCCCUCACGGUUUCCGAAAAUGGCGACAUCCAAGGGGAGUGGCGCGUCAUUCCUGUAGAGGCCGGACUUGAAAAGAACUGCUGGUGGGAUAGCAUGCAUCCUUUGAUAAAACGGCGACUUCAAGAUGCUCUGAGAAGACCUCAAGCGCUUCAGCUCUUAGCCGAGUGCUACCCGGGGCAAGAAUCUGACCCAGUAAGAAGGGCUUUGCUUGUGAAGGAAACGAAAAAGCCCUCUCGCUAUCAAUACAUUGGUACGUUACGUUUCUUCCAGGGGCAAGAAAAAGACGGGGGAAACUGGUCUUGCACGAAAACAAGGGUGGUCAUAUCGAGUUACCAAGGCGACGAAGAAGAAGAAGAAGAAGAAGAAGCGACGUUUCAUUUUUUGGGCAAAAGAAUAACAGGAAACACGGGAGAUGCGGCCCACUCAGAAAUCGACAAUGAGAAUCGGUCAAAUUGUGCUUCUGAUGACAAGAGAUUACGAUGUGCGAUAUGGCGAGGAGAUUACAAAUCUUUCAAGAAGCUCAUCCAACCCCAGAUCCCAAACGAACCGGACAGUCUAGGACGUUGGCCACUACACCUUGCAGCUGAAAGAGGGAAUAAAGAUAUGGUCCGAGAUUUACUACCUCUCGUUGACUUGAAUCUUAGGUGCAGUUAUGGGCAAACUGCGUUGCAUCGCGCUGCUUGGGGAGGGUCCGCUGCUGUUGUGAAGGAACUCUUGCAAAAUGGAAGCGAUGCAAUCGCAAAGGACAAGGAUGGGAACACUGCAUUGCACAUAGCAGCACAGAUGGGGUUUGCGCCCGUUGCCAAACUUCUUAUCGAGAAAAGCGAUGUCAAUGUGAAUAGCUGUAAUAAUCUGACCCCUCUACAUCUCGCGGCGAUAAACGGGCACACAACAGUGGCGGAAUUGCUCGUAGGUGCCAACAUUGAAGCUAAGGACAACAAGAUUGGUUGGACUCCGUUACAUUAUGCAGCCGAGAACGGCGACCGAGACUUAGUCAAAUUUUUGAUCGAGCUCGGCGCGGCAGUCAAUGCAGAAGACGACCUGGUCGGUUGGACACCCCUACAUCUCGCGGCGAUAAGCGGAAACAGAGCGGUCGUCGAUCUAUUGCUCGUGGGGCGCGCCAAUAGAGAUGCCAAAGACAAAUAUGAUUGGAUACCACGACAAUUUGCGGAAAUCAAUGGGCAUGAGGAGGUAGUUGAGCUGCUUUACAGCAAAGAAAGUAAGGGCGCUGAAGCUAUCUCUACAAACAAGGACUAUUGGACACCGCUGCACUGCAAGGCGAUAAACCACGAACGGGGAAUAGUCAAGCUAUUGGUCCAUGAUGGUGCUGACGUCUAUUUGACCCACAAGGAUGAGGGUUGGACACCACUACAAUUUGCGGUAGAGAACGAGCUCGGAACUACCAUCCGGCGGCUACUCGAGAUGGGCGCCGAUUUCAUGGCAAUUUAUGGACAGAUGCCGCUGCACUGGGCCGCCAGGCAAGGGUAUAAGGCGUUCACGAGGCAGCUACUUAGCGCGGGCGUUGACAAAGACGCUAAAGACUCGUUUAGCUAUACGCCGCUACACUGGGCAGCCCAGGGCGGGCACAAGGCGGUCACACGGCAGCUAUUAGACGCGGGCGCUAAUAAGGAGGCUCAAGACUCGAAAAAUUGCACGCCGCUGCAUAAGGCGGCCCAGGGUGGGCACGAGGCGGUCGCGCGGCAGCUCCUCGACGCGGGCGCUAAUAAGGAGGCUCAAGACUCGAAUAGCUGGACGCCGCUGCAUAAGGCGGCCCAGGGCGGGCACGAGGUGGUCACGCGGCAACUACUCGACGCGGGCGCUAAUAAGGAGGCUCAAGGCUCGCAUGGCUAUAUGCCGCUACAUAACGCGGCCCAGUACGGGGACGAGAAGGUCACGCGGCAGCUACUUAACGCGGGCGCCUAUGAGGACGCUAGACUGCGGCAUAUCCUCUCCAUUGGAUAUUAG